UCAAAGAAGACUUUCAAAACUUUAUUAGUUUUGGGAGAAUACCUUCAUUUGGUUUCGAUGAUGACCAGUUUGAUGGGUUUACUGUUACAAAAGUAUGAACCCAUGAAAAAUUUUUUUUGAUUUAUUAACAAGUUGAAUAUAAAGCAAGCAGGUUAUAUCAAGUGGAGCACACCAGUUUCAGUUGGCAAAUAACAACUUCAACAAUACUCUGCAAACAACGAGGAAACUUCUGUCGUUAGUUCUUGUGUAUUUAAAUGUUCUGGAAACUUCCAAUGUAAAUAUUUUCAUUUGAAGAAAAUCGUUAUGAGUCGGAAAAUGUUUGCCCGGCGGCAGUCGGUACCGGUCAACUCAAUUGGUCAGGAAUUAUCCGAGGAGGAAGAGGACACAUUCAAAAUGUUUGAGGAGAAACUGAAAAAGCCAUGGCAUAAUAACGAUUGGUUAUAUAAGCGCCGUUUGUCGAGUCCAGCGGCCCCACAACCCUUGAUAGCCAAAAGGUUGACGCCCAAGGAUGAUAGGAAACAAAAGUCGCUUGAUUCUCUUGUUUCUAGUGAUAAAAAGCUGCUUGGGGAGCAUGGUAUGCGCGUACGUGACUUGAUAGCUGACGUCAUCUUUCAGCAUAAAAUGCCGCAUUUUCGUGUGAAGUUGGCUGCCAGUCGAGCUGUCGUAAAUGAAGAUGCUGAUGCUGUUUUGUUGUUUGAUAAGGAAAUCGUGAUUGAAGUUCCCAAAGAUGAAGAUUUUGGCACAGGUGAUGAUAAGGUGUUGUACUGUUUGAAAGCUUUGGCUUAUACAGAGGAAAGCUACCUGGCACUCUUGCGGAGCAUACAAACCACAUAUGCAAAUCCACUGAAGAAUGAGGUAUUGCUGACUGAAGAAGAAAAUGACACGCUGUUUGGUAAAUUAGAACCAAUCUUAACUGCCAGCUCUUCAUUGCUGAAAAAGUUAAAUGAAAUAACUUCAGAUUGGAAAAAGGAUGAAACAAAACUAGGUUGUCUUUUUGGUGAUGACUUUUGGAAUGUAUACUUGGAUUAUUAUGCAAAUUACAAGAAACUUAAGAGUCUUCUGCAUCAAAAGACGGCCAUGAGUCGCGAGUUUGUCUCGUUUUGUAAAUCUCAACGUGGUGCUACUAGGCAUUCUCUGGAAUCAUUGCUGCUUCUUCCGGUAAGUGGAACAAUUUGA